AUGUCAAAUAACUCUACUUUGAAGAAUUUUAAUAAUAAUUCAAGCCAGCAAAAACGUCAAAAAAUUCCAAAGAGAGGACCUGGAAUAGCUGAACUCGAAAAGAUACUGAGAGAACAAAAAGGAAUAUUCACAGAAAUUUCAGAAGAAAUAAGUGAUGAAAAUCAAUAUAACCUUGCUAAUUUCUCAUCAACAAAUUCGUAUAGAGAGUCCAGUCUUUCUUUACCAUACUGCGAAACAAUUGGAAUGAGAAAUCAUCUCUAUUCACCCUCCAAGAAGAAGAUGGUUAGCAUGAUUCCGCCAUCAAAUUUUAGAGUUCUCUCAGCUUUUUCUGACUGCAAUAGACCACACCAAUCAUCCAUAAAUGACAGCAGUAGUUUCAAUUCCAUCGAGGAAUGUGACAGGUAUGCCAAAUGGGAUAGAACUUUGGAACUCGGCAACAAUUAUAAUGUUGCAGUGCAUGACCAACUUCCUUUGCUGAAUUUGUUUCCAUGUGUUCUUUCCAAGGGGAAUGUGCACCCUGUCAAAGUUAUUGAAGAUAAAAUAAACUCAUAUCAAUGUUCAGAAUCAAGUGAACCAAGUCGUGUAACUUUCUAUAACUUUUUAGAAGUGAAGGACUUGGAAGGGGUGACAGAUAGCACAAAUCCUGGAUUAUGUGAAACAGUAAAAGUUGGCAUUGAUCUCAAUUUGAAGCUUUAA